AUGGAGACCCUCAAUAUGACAGAAGUGUGUGUGUUCUUUCUGAAAGGAUUUUCUGCCUACCCUGUCCUAGAGCGCCUAUUCUUCCUGUUUUGCUUAACUAUGUACCUGGUGACCCUGCUGGGGAACACAGCCAUCGUGGUAGUGAGUGUGCUGGACGUCCGCCUGCACACGCCCAUGUACUUCUUCCUGAGCAACCUCUCCAUCCUGGACAUCUGUUACACAUCCUUAUUUACACCCUUGAUGCUGGUCCACUUCCUGUCGACCCAGAAGACCAUCUCCUUCAUUGGCUGUGCUGUCCAGAUGUGUGUGGGCUUGUCCACGGGCUCCACGGAGUGCCUGCUGCUUGCAUUCAUGGCCUGUGAUCGCUACCUGGCCAUUUGUUGGCCACUCCAGUAUCCUGUACUCAUGAACCGCCAGCUCUGUCUGUGGCCAGUGGGAGCUGUUUGGGACUUCUCGUUCUUCGUAUCACUCACUGCGAUGGUCAUUGCCAUAAGGCUGCCCUUCUGUGGCCACCAUGUGAUCAACUACUUUGCUUGCGAGAUCCUGGCAGUGCUGAAGUUAACAUGUGGAGACACAUCAGUCAUUGAGGCUUUCUUGAUAGCUGAUAGCAUCCUGAUGCUGCCCAUGCCCCUGACACUCAUCUGCCUCUCCUACACUCAUAUCCUAGUGUCCAUUCUGAGGAUACCCUCAGCUGCAGGGCGCCGCAAAGCCUUGUCCACCUGCUCAGCACACCUGACUGUGGUGGUACUCUUCUAUGGUGCUGUCAUCUACAUGUACAUGAAGCCCAAGAGCACGGAGACCCACAUCUAUCAUAAGGUCUUCACGGUUCUUUAUCCUGUGAUCACACCCAUGCUGAACCCUGUCAUCUACAGCCUGAGGAACAAGGAAGUGAAAGAGGCUGCCAAGAAGGUGUGGAGCAGGAGCUGGACCUCCAAGUGA